AAAGAGGCAUGCAUUUGCUCUUCUAAUCACUCAUUCAGGAAAAACAAAAUCACUCAUCCAUUAGAUUUCCUUUUAUUUUAGGAUCAAUGGCUUCCACUAAGCUACUAUUGGCUGAUCUUGCCUCAGGUGUAAGACAUGUACCUUCCAAAUAUAUCCGUCCUGUCUCCGACCGUCCAAAUCUCUCCGACGUUCACAAAUCCGACGGUUCCAUUCGUCUCAUCGACCUCAAGGGCCUUCGGAGUCCUAAUCGCGCUCUUGUAAUCAAGCAGAUUGGACAAGCCUGCCAAACUGAUGGUUUCUUUCAGGUAAAGAAUCACGGACUGCCCGAUGAAAUGAUCAACAGCAUAAUGCGUACUGCUAGAGAAUUCUUUAAAUUACCUGAAAGUGAGAGAUUGAAAUGUUAUUCCAAUGACCCUACCAAAACCACAAGGCUCUCUACAAGUUUUAAUGUCAAGACAGAAAAGGUCUCUAACUGGAGAGACUUCCUCAGGCUCCAUUGUUACCCUCUGGCGGAUUAUAUCCAAGAAUGGCCUUGCAAUCCUCCAUUGUUCAGGAAAAAUGUGUCUGAAUAUUCCACAAGUGUUCGAAGGCUAGUGCUGACAUUGCUUGAAGCCAUAUCGGAAAGCUUGGGCCUUAAAAGAGACUACAUAGAGAAGACAUUAAGCAAGCAAGGACAGCACAUGGCCAUGAAUUAUUAUCCUCCAUGUCCGCAGCCAGAGCUCACAUAUGGAUUGCCUGGACAUACUGACCCCAAUUUGAUCACUAUUCUUCUGCAAGACCAUGUCCCUGGAUUGCAGGUUCUCAGAAAUGGAAAGUGGAUUGCUAUUAAUCCCAUUCCCAGUACAUUCAUUGUCAAUAUUGGUGACCAAAUGCAGGUAAUAAGCAAUGAUCGAUACAAGAGUGUGCUCCACAGAGCAGUUGUUAACUCUUACGAGGAGAGAAUAUCAAUCCCCACAUUCUAUUGUCCUUCACCUGAUGCUGUGAUAGGGCCUGCAAAGGAUUUGAUUGACCCUGACCAUCCAGCAGCCUAUAGGGAAUUUACUUAUGCCGAAUACUAUGAGAAGUUUUGGGACAGAGGACUUGCAAAAGAAUGCUGCUUGGACCUGUUCAAAACUUCUACUGCUUGACACAUCUCGUAUUACACCAGUCCAAUAGAUCCUCUCUUUGUCAAGGCUUGAGCUUGCUGAUCUCAGUUAACACAAUAGGCAUAUCUUUUGAAGUGUAUAAUUAUCAAUCUGUCAAUACGGGUAGAGUAUAGAUGUUUAAUUUAUAACUCGAUCAUCUUUAGCAAGUGGAUAUUUUGAAGUUCAGUUGUAUUGUAAGACUGUUAGUUGGUAAGCUGUUGGCGAUGAUGACCGAGUGGUAAGUUGCAGGACAAUUUCACUGUUACGAGCCAUCUUCGCCUUAAGUUUAAGCAUAUCAAUGACAAGAUUCAAGCAAAAAAAAUUUCAUUCAA